ACGAAACACACACUGUUAAAGUUUCUACGUCGUUGCAAUUGGGUGAAAUUAGUUUUUGUUAAGCCGUGUAUACAAAUAUGAGGGAGUAUUUACCGAUGCCGUGAUAAAUAAGUGCUCAGUGCUUCAAGUGAAAAAUGUAAAAGCCAUAGUUUUGACUGCAAAAGCGUUAAAAUUUCCAUAAACGCUAAAUGAAAAAAUCUCUACCGAAUCGAAUAAUUCAAAUACACGCAUACUCCGUACUGCUCUCGCGUAGCGCUUAUAUGGUACCGCAGUGAGUGCGAGCGAGUAAAAAGACAGUGAGAUUUUCAACUCACCAUUUGUGUACCUACCUCUCUUCAGUGCAUAAGAGUAUAAAAAUGAGCGAGACGCAAAACACUGAAAAGGAGGCAUCUGCCCAAGACACAGCGACGCAAGAGGAGCAACAGCAAGCUAUUCCUGCUAUAGAAUCCAAAGAAAGCGCAACAGAUACAGCAACGCCAAUGGAAGUCGACACACAAAAUGUGCAGGCACAAAAUGAGCAAUGCUUAAGCGUAAAAGAGUCAACAACCACAGCAACAGUGGACAUAAACACUUUGACGCCGUCGACACCAUCUCAGACGCCACCACAGCUGCUGGCGGCUGAAACGACUGCAACUGCAACAACAGCUGCAGCAACAGGCACAGGCGCAGCGGCAACAACAGUUAUACCAGAGAAUAUUUUGUCACCGCCCAAAUCGGAAACGCAAACAGAUGAGACCAAUACGGCCACAUCGACCUCAUGCUCACCAGCAUCCGAUGGCCAACAUUCGCCGGAGCCAGAGCCAGAAUCAAAACAGUCAAUUGAUGAACUCGUGUCAGUAAAAGAGCCAUCAACGCCAAAGCGCGAACAGGAGCAUGCAACGGCAAUUAACGGCACUAUACCAAAAUCGGGAAAGCCGCUGGUGACAGCGCUCAACAAGAAGACUAACAAGUCUGCAACUACAUCACCACGUGCGUCACGUGCACGCAAGUCCAAGCCGUCGCCGUUGCCUAUGUACGAGAGCGAAAUAAGCGACAACAAAGUUGGCAUUAAAUUGUGCAUCAAAAAGUCAGAUACAGUUGCUGCAGCAGAGCUGCCACUUGUCGCACCGACGCCAACACCGGCACACAGACCUCCAGCUGCGUCAAAGCCCGCACGCAAGCGUGUGCGUAAGCCAAAGACGAAGCAACAGGACAGUGACGAAAGCGAAUACGAACCGCGCAAAAAGAAAGGCGGAGGAGGUGGCGGAAGCGGUGGUGGCGGCAGCAGCAGCAACAACAAUAGCAGCGAACGUCAAAAGAAAACAGCCUCUAGUGCUGCCGGCCAAGCAACAGAGGCUGAGCCCGUGGAGCAAAGUGUCUGGGGCGAAAAGUUACCUGAAGAAGUGCUCUUUCGUAUAUUUGAACAAGUGGUUGACAAGGAGGGCUGUUUGCCGACACUGUUUCGCUUGGGGCGUGUGUGUUCGCUUUGGCGACAGGUGUCGCUGAGGCCAACGCUCUGGCGCACAAUGGACUUGACAACAUGGAUUAAGGAAAAGUAUCGCACGGAACUCAAACUCAAAUGGUUUGUCGAUAAUCGUUGCAGUGCCUGCACUGAAUUAAAUGUUGCUAAUUGGAAAGUAACAGAUAUAAAUUGCUUUUUGGCUAAGCUUACCAGCGGCUGCCCAAAUCUAUUGGGCAUUACGUUAGCGGGCUGGAAAAAUUUCACCUCAGAUCAUUUGACAUUUCUAGUGGACAAUAUGCAGAAGCUUCAGCGUUUAGACUUGAGCUCAGUUAAUGUGGAGAUGAAUGCCAGCAAAAGCGCUGUGGGCGUCAUUUCACUUUGCAACGCGCUACAAACCAUGGGCAGUCGUUUAACCCAUCUUCACUUGGCGCACAACCGUUUGGCGGGCAUACCACAAAUUGUUAGCGUGCUGGCGGCGCACUGUCCGAAUUUAACACUAUUGGAUCUCUCAAAUGUUACCACCUAUGCAACAUCGCAUGGCGUGCUGCACAUUGAAAAACUGCAGCAUGGUUGUCAAAUGCUAAAAGUGCUGCGUGUAACCAAUUCGCAUAUAACGCCCAGCACGGCUACCAUGCAGGAGAUUAUGGACUCACCUGGCUUUCCCAAUCUUGAAGAGCUGUCGGUUGCCGCUUUAACGGAUGAAUCCCGUAUCAUAAGCGACGAUCAUUUGCAACGUAUAUUAAAGAGCAGUUCGAAGCUUAAGCUUCUGGAUGUGCGCAAUUGCACGCGCCUAACGCACGAGAGUCUUAUUCGCUUGCCCGCGUGGGAUAUAAAGCAUUUAUUUCUCUCGGGUUGCUCUGUUACACGUGAUGUGGGAUCUGGUCUGGAACUUAUUGCUUCCAAAUGGGCGCAUAGUCUUAUUGAACUGGAUCUAGCCUGGGCAAAUGUGCAACAGCCUAUAGAUAAUGCCUUGCGCGCUUUGGCUGAAAAGGGCAGCGAGUCACCGAUGGCUCACUUGAAUCUUUGCGGUUCAUCCGUUUCGGAAGAGGCAGUUAAGGAAAUACUCACGCAUUGUGUGCACAUGAGCUCAAUUAAUUUGGCAUCAUGUCGAGGACUGCCGCGUGGUGUUAAACGCCUUAUGCAGGGACCACAAGAGCUGCACGAGCUACGCGAAGUGCUGCAAGUGCAAUUGAAAGUGCAGUAAAUGCUGCUAACAACAAUUGGCAUUGCUGCGUCGCUUUCCAUGUUGUUGCUAGGCGUCAAGUGUGUUGUGGUCGUCGGUAAUGGAUUGACCAGAAAAACAUUGCAAUAGUCGAAAUCGCUUCGCAUCUUCCAAUUAUGCUUAUAUUGUUUCUAGGCACACACACACACACAUUGUAAAUGCAAUAUGUAUUCAUAAUUUAGUUGUUUCGAGGAGCAUUCACGUUACAAAAUUGCUGCAGUGAUGUUUAGCUGAUUUUUUAACGUAUAUUGGAUAGAAUGUAUGUAUGUAGUUAAGCCCAGACCACACUGUAUGUUUGUAAAGUAUGUAUGCGUAUUAAAAGUUAAGUUUAUGCGUAAUUUGUAUGUUUUUUGCAAUACAAAACAAAAUUUUAAAAUUAUAUAUAUAAAUAUACAAUAAACGUAGUCGUCAAUUUAAUGUCGCUAAGGCAAUUUGUAGAAUGUUUUUACCCCAGACACAUUUUGUAAAUAAGUAUUGGCGCUUAAGAAAAUUUACAUACACAAUUUCUUUUUUGAAAUCAAUAAACUACACAAUGAUUGAAAAUACAAACACAUAAAACAAUUCAAUUGUUAAGCAUUAUUAGACGUUAAGAGAAGGCAAUUAAAGGUACGUUUAAUUUUAAAUAAAAACCAAUUUUUAAUAUGCUGA